AUGGCUAUUGGAAAGAACUACGCCCUUUUAAAGAAUCACUUCAAGAAGCACUGGCAAAGAAGAGUCAGAGUCCACUUGGACCAGGCCGGUAAGAAGGUUUCUAGAAGACAUGCCAGAAUUGUGAAGGCUGCCGCUAUUGCUCCAAAGCCUGUGGAUUUGUUGAGACCUAUCGUCAGAUGUCCAACUUUGAAAUACAACAGAAAGGUCAGAGCCGGUAGAGGUUUCUCUCUCUCUGAGGUGAAGGCUGCUGGUUUGAAUCCUAAAUAUGCAAGAACCGUUGGUAUUGCAGUGGAUCACAGAAGAGUGAACAAAUCCGUUGAAGGUUUUGAAGCUAAUGUUGCUAGAUUGGAGAGCUACAAGAAGUCUUUGAUUGUCUUUGAUAAGAAUACCAAGCCAGCCGGUGAGCAAGUUUCCGUUGCUGCUGCAUUCCCAAUUGAGCAGCCUGCUCCUGAGACUGCUCCAAGAGCUGUUGUUGUUCCUGAGGAGACCGCUUUCAAAACUCUUAGAUUUGCUAAAUCUGAGAAGAAAUACAAGGGUAUCAGGGCUAAGAAAGCCGCCGACAAGGCUGCUGCUGCGGCCGAGAAGAAGAAAUAA